GUUGCGUUUGGGAACAUAGCGCGACUAUCUUGCCAGCAAAUCGUUGUUAAUUCUUUGAUAACAGCGAUGACAUAGACUUUGGUAGGAGUGACAGAUAGGAGCGGGAAUUAGAAAUUACUGUUGUGUCUAAUGUGAUAGUGUCAAUACGCAAUUUUGGUAAUAUGCAAAAAGCUUCGAGAUUAAAACGAGAGCUUGAAUUGAUGGUGAAGAGUCCACCAUCUGGUAUUUCAUGUACACUUAAGGAUGAUAACUUUAAUGUGCUCGACGCAAGCAUUGUUGGUUUGGAAGGAACAGCUUAUGAGGCGGGAGUUUUCAAAUUAGAAAUUCAGAUACCAGAAAAAUAUCCAUUUGAACCACCCCAAGUGAAGUUCCUAACACCCAUUUAUCAUCCAAAUAUUGAUUCUGGUGGUCGAAUAUGUCUGGACCUGUUGAAAGUUGGGAAAUGGAAAGCUACCAUUACAUUAUCAUACCUUCUGAUGAGCAUACGACUUCUAUUGGCUGAGCCAAAUCCUAGUGACCCUCUUGUGGCAGAAAUUGCUGAAGAAUUUUUAUUCAACAGACCGUUGUUUGAUAAGACAGCAAGAGAAUGGACCAAACAACACGCCUGCUUGAACUUGGAAAUGCCUUCGGAGAAUGCAGAAGUGAGUCAUUCAUGUGGUGUGCGGAGUGAACCAACGAAAAGAAAAUCUUGGCAAAUGGAAGAUCUUACCCAGGAGCCUAAUGCAUCAAAAUGUUUGAAAACCGAUUGAAUGUGUGUGUGUGUGUGUGUGUGUGUGUGUGUGUGUGUGUGUAAUAAUGGAUAUACUUCAUAACAGAAAAAUCUUGUUGUAAAUUGUGUUCUUUUUAUUCUUGAUUCCUGCCUUCAUAGUGCAUGAUACAAUCUUGCAUAGAUUUGCGUAAUUUUCAUUAGUUGUGCUCAUGCAGUGCAGAACAAGUCUUGAACAAUAGUAAAUCAAGAGGCUGUAAAUACAUUUCAUGACAGUUACUAUUGUGAAAAGGUCUCUCCCAUUUAAAAUUUAUCAAUUGCAAAUCACAUAGCAACAAAUAAAGCAUUACUAUUUACUGUUGCAGUGCCAUUUCAUUGCCAUUAUGUUUUCAUGUCAGGACUUUGUGUCAAAGAGAUCCUUUUAUUGAACUGUACAUGAAGGCUAUUUGGAAAGUAAGUUCUGUUAAUUUAUAUCAAAAGAAACACUAGUACGUCAAGAAGUUUUUCUUGUUAUAAACAAUUAUAUUAGCUACAGCUAUUUUUAUACUAAUUGACUUCUACAUUAAGGCUCUUGUUAUACUUAGGAAAAAGUUUUGUUGUAGAAUUCUGCUGCCUGUGAGCUAAUAAAUCAGUACUGUACACAUGAUUGAACCAUUCCCAAUUGAAAUGUUAAGCAACAUUUGUGUUCAUGCAGCAGUAUCUGGCCUAGGUUUAUCUUUCACAAGUAAGACGACAGAGCUCAACAUCCCACCCCUUCAUUUUUGCAUGGCUCUUCUGACCUUUUUAGUGUUUCGCCAUAAAUUUUGAGUUAUUGUGGUCCUCUUUCCAUAAAAUCAACAAAAACUACUUCUUUUGUGUCCCAAAAAUAGUUGUCGUCAGUGCUUGUGCGAAAAAUGUUUGGCGGCUCUUUAAAGGUUUGCAUGAUGAGCUGGUGUGUCCUCAGUCCAUUGAUUCCCCCCCCUCCCCCAUCUUGACGAAUGCAAUCUAUUUUUCAUCCCCUGGCUGUAGUGUGACUGAGGAAUUUGUCUCUUAAUGCAUCAUACCAUAUCAGAAACGUUAAUGCGACAGCAAACCACUUCGUGAUAAUGACAUCAGUUGCCCACAUGCUCAACAGUCAGUCACAAGUUUGCACAACAUUGUCCAUGAUACCUGAGGGAGACUGAUUGAUAAUUGUGUAAUCAUGAACUGAUUGUGUACUGAGCGUUGAAACAAAUCCAUUUGUCACAAUGGAUAUUCAUCCAGUUUUGUUCAACCUACCCGAAACAAAUGCACCACUUUCUUACAGCACUCUCUCUCGUAAUGUUCUCUCUGUAUAAUGCACAAAGUUCAGUAUAAAUGUGUAGCAUUUUCAUUGUUUUUAUACACAGAAAAAGGAUUAUAUAAUUUAAUUCACAGGUGACAGAAUAUUUUAUGAUAGUGACCUGUUUAAUAUACACUUACAGUGCAAACAGCAGUUCAAUAAUCUUUCUUUAGCAUGGUCAGAUUUGCAAGACAGCUGUGCUGAAAUUACUCUGCAAUCCCCCUCCAUUAUGUACCAGACAGCAUUGGAACUAACUUUCUGAAUAGCUCUCAUAUGUAUUAUUUGGCAGUUAAACCAUUAUGUGUGCAUUACAUCAUCCAUUUCUUCACAUAUUGAGAGAGAGAGAGAGAGAGAGAGAGAGAGAGAGAGAGAGAGAGAACAUAAAAUAUUAGAAAUAGAAAGCUUCCAGCCCUGAGAUUGGAGGUAUAAUUUUGAAAAUGUAGUCUUAAUGCAUCAUGUAUGUUGUAGGAAUAUUAAGACUCCUACCAUUGACAUAAAUGUACUGUUUGUUGGUGACUGAAGUUUUCUGUGUUUUGCAUAAAUCACUCCAGAUCUAUUGGCAUGAGUUGUUAGACAAGAUCAUGUACAUAUCUUUUUCUGAUUCUUACAGACUUUCUUCUGGGUUUUUUAACACUUAACUACCACUAGCAGUGAAACAACAUUACAAAAAAUAAGUAAUUUAGAAAUGUCAUAAAGGGAUGUUACACAUAUUUUGUACACUUUCUUCUAUAUUGAUUAUAAGAGUUGUGUAAAUAAUGUGUUUUUACAAAGAAAUAAUUUUUGCUAUCAAUAAUAUUACCAACAUUUCUUUUUUUUCUGUAAGUUUGUCUAAUUUGAAGAAAUUAUCCAUGAAAGGCAGGUGUCCAGGUUUACAUUUUAGUCCAGUGUACAGUUAUUCGGUACAGUGAAUGUUUUGGUAGAACUGAGAUAUUUCAAUAAAAACAAAUCUACUUUCCCUCUGCCAUCACCCACUUAGCGCAGAAAAUUGCAAGAUUGAUUUUUUAUCAUGGUGGCAAUUGGGUUUAACAUGAUUUUUCUCUGCCUAAACAGUUCACAUAUCUACUCAGCUGAACAUUGCAUGUUAAGAUCUAUGUAGUAGCAGAUUUAUUUUAAAAUAGGUUCUAUUUUAGAGAUUACUGUGAUCAUUAUAGUUAUGCAGUUACACAUUUCGUUAAUGUAUGCCAGUUUGCUUUCAAAAUUUCACUGAACGUUGUCCAAGAAGAAAACGUAUUUUGGUAAUUCUGGAACUUGUUGUUUAAAACUGGGUUUGAUUACUGUAGUAGAUGAACAAAUAAUUGAACAAGCAAGUGUGUUUAAAUAUCUAUGGCGCAAUUUUAAAUUUCCCAUGUCAGUUGAUAUAGAGCUAAAAUUGGCCAGAUUCUUGCAUUUCUGAGGAACCACUCAAUGUUCAUCAAAACAUAACACACAGAAAGAAGUAUUAAUUAAACUUUACAAAAUAGUGGCCUUUCCUUUUCUGCUGUAUGGUAGAGAACCCAACAUCUGGUCAAUUACCAUCAAUCAAAUCAUCAGAAAUGAAGUUUCUCUACUUUGUAGCUGGAUAUUCAUUUCUGAAUCAUAAAAAACACCAAUGUUAGACAGGAACUAAAUGGAUAUUGAACCCAUUACAUCUGUAACUGAAAAAACAGAUUGAACUGGAAAGACCAUAUGCAAUGUAUGUCUAAUAAUAGGAUAACUAUAGCUGCAACAUUGUAUAACCCAAAAGGAAAGAGAAAUAUUGGACAUCCCUUAGACAUUUGGUAUGAACAGGUCUGAGGCAGAACAGGCCAAAGGCAUAAUCUUUGAAAAUGAUGAUCCACAUUUUGUGUUUCUGUAAAAUUCUUUUAUUAAUUGUGAUUGCCUGUGAAAGUGAAGACCACUUUUGAAGUUUCAGAGCUUUGGUGAUAAUCUGUUUACAAUAAAUAUAAAGCUAACACCAUGUGAAUGAAAAAUUCAGGGUGAAUUAAAUAUGUAACUGAA